CACUGCAAAGGAGUUCACAUCAAAGGCGGCUGCACAGCAGUAGCUGAACGGCAUCACGGUUGUUCCAAAGACAACCCCAAAGAGGGGCCUUAGUUGCGCCUCCCCAAAGUUGCUGGCUAGCUUUGGCCCAGUGUGGGAAUGGUUUUUGCGACAGCAUGGAUAGAGGACCGUCAAGGGCCCCUUUUGGUCACUUCCGAAGAGCAAAAACGUGUCGAGAGGAGGCCGGUUUAAGAUUUCAAACAGCACCUCCCCAGCGCGCAUGAAAGGACUUGAUUAGCAUAUGUCAAGAGGACCCGCAUAUAUACUCGGUGUGUAUGUACACAGGACUCUGAUCUGAUCAGUUGGCGGAGUUGGAGCCUCAGCCCCCGGUCCCAGCCCCAGGCCCAGCCCGGUAUUGGCAGCGGCAGCUAUAGAUGUUUCUGCAAAGCCAGCAGCCGGCUCCCACCCGCCCAAGGAGAGAAGAUCGCUCCAAGACAGUGAAAACUCCCCUGCUAUCUCAGUGCAAAGUCCAGUCAGCGACCUCACAGGAGUAACCGGGCCUUUUUGCGCUUGUUUUGCUAUAUUUUUCCUCCAGUCACUCCCCCAUCCCCGCUACAUUUUUUUUUUCUGGGGGGGGGGGGUCUUUUGUCUUCCGGACCGUCCGCCUCUCCCUCGGGCCCCUCCAUGGCUCCCCUGGCCGAAGUCGGGGGCUUCCUCGGCGGCCUGGAGGGCUUGGGCCAGCAGGUGGGCUCGCACUUCCUGCUGCCUCCAGCAGGGGAGCGGCCGCCUCUGCUGGGCGAGCGCCGCGGCGCGGCGGAGAGGGGCGCCCGCGGCGGGCCCCGGGCCGCGGAGCUGGCGCACCUGCACGGCAUCCUGCGCCGCCGGCAGCUCUACUGCCGCACGGGCUUCCACCUGCAGAUCUUGCCCGACGGCAGCGUGCAGGGCACCCGGCAGGACCACAGCCUCUUCGGUAUCCUGGAAUUCAUCAGUGUGGCGGUGGGACUGGUCAGUAUUAGAGGUGUGGACAGUGGUCUUUACCUUGGAAUGAAUGACAAAGGAGAACUCUAUGGCUCAGAGAAAUUGACUUCUGAAUGCAUCUUUAGGGAGCAAUUUGAAGAGAACUGGUAUAAUACCUACUCAUCCAACAUAUAUAAACACGGAGACACUGGCCGCAGUUACUUUGUAGCGCUUAACAAAGACGGAACCGCGAGAGACGGUGCCAGGUCCAAAAGACAUCAGAAAUUUACACACUUCCUGCCCAGACCAGUGGAUCCGGAAAGAGUGCCUGAAUUGUACAAGGACAUACUGAUGUACAGUUGAAGCGUGAUAGUGUCUUUACAGAAGAACCAAACUACGACCAUUCUUUCUUGUUACAGUUCUCACCGUGAAAUAACCCAGGAAGACCCUCAGAAUGUUUUCUGGCGAGAGACUGACUUUGGAAACGAUAUUGAGAACGGACAAAAAAUAACCCCCACAUGUUGACUUGAAGCAGAUCAAGACCUCUCUUUAUACGUGGAUUAAGUUCCCUUAGGUACACUGGGUCAGUCCUUACUGGAAAAUUCAAGCUGAAAAUCUGUUAAACUGUGGAUAAUGGGAACCCCACCUAGUUUGCUGCUGGUACCUCACCUCUCUGGAUUAUGUUUACUUUAAAAGUUACAUUAUAAAAUAGACACUUCAUGUUGAAGAAAUAAAUCAACGCAGUUGGCCAAAAUUAUUGCUACAUAAAUUCUGAGGACCUUGUAAGAUUUUGCAGGUUAUGGAGUUACAUGUAAAAAACCCGGAUGAAACGUGGACUACGGAACAUGCAUGCCAAGACGGAACAUUUUUUUUUAAGGAUGGACCUAUUUAUACAUUUCACUUUGCAAAUAUUUAUUAUAUAUAUUUAUUUAUUGAAGAGUUUAUUUUUUACUGGUAUAUGAAGAUAAUGCAAAGGAAAAAACAACAACAAAAAUUCCUUUACCGUGCCAUUGUCAUGAUGUCCAGAGCUGUAAAGAAGACAUCAUUUUUGCAACAUAGUAAACAUAGAAUAAAAUCUUGAAUUUCUUUUUAAGAAUAACAUAGAGCAUAGACUAUAUAUAUUUUUUGCAGUCAAUUACCUUCUAAGUGUAACAAUGGUUCCUUUGCCUUAGAAAAAUGCUUUAUCAAGUUGUAUUGAAUUCAACACACAUUCAAAAGGGAAUUAAACACUUUUUAUUUUGUGUUUUGUUCUCAUUGCUUUUUAGAUUAAAGUUAUCUACUAAUAUAACCUACUUGUUAAAUGACAAGAUUCUAAGUUCCCUGGGAAAAAACUUUGAUAUUUAGAGAACUUCUAAUGUUGAAAAGUAUCAAAUAUUAUAGGCAACUUAUGCUCACUUAUUUUUGUUAUAUCUCCUGUUUAGUCAUUUAUUCAGGAAGUAUUCAUUAAAGCCUACUAUACAGAGGACACUGUUAGGCACAAAGGAAGUUGGUGGUCAAGACCCAAGUGGGCCCUUCAUGGAACUUAAUGUCCAGUAGGAGAAACAGAUGGCAAAUAAGUCAUCUGACAAAUAAAUACCAUUAACUGUGCAUUGUGAUGUGCUCUAUGAGGAAAGCAAGUUUCCGACACAGAAAACAGCAAAUUUAGAUAGGGUGAGUGAGGCAGAGAAGGCUUC